AUGGCAGACAUAAUGUUCUCGCACGGGAUUGAUGAGCUUCCUCAGAUCCGAGUUUCUGAAGACGGGCCCCUGAGCGAUCAGCACUCCAUAUCCCCAAACUCGACUGAUUUGCCCCUUAUGAUAGACCCCGCUAGCUACUCCUACGACAUAGAUAGCGCGAACCUCCGGCACGAUUCCAUAGCGGCAAGGACGUCAUACAUGGAGGCCCGUUUGUCGUAUCUGGGAAAGUCUAUGAAUGGCUACGCGCUAUGCCCUCCAACGGUUGAGAAUUCACAGGGAGGCUUCUACACCUUGAGCUCAUCUACAGGUCAACAUGGUGAUGAUGGGGAGCCGGAACUUUUCCAUAGCCCAAGCUGGAGGUACGAUUCUCCGAGCGGUUCAUGUGGUGGCGAUCAGACAGAAGCGGAUUCUUCUUUGAGCGAACAAUCCUGGAGCCAUAUUCAUGUGUACCGCCAGUCUCAAUGCGCCGCCAACUACAGCCCAGUUUCCUCCACGCUGAGCGAGUCGUUCCAUCACGUGGAGCCAUCGAACAGUCUCUCACAAAAUGCGGACGGUUCGUACUGUGGGAGUGAAUACUCUGUCAGCUUGCGAGAGGUGCAGCACUAUCCGGACCCGGACCCAGACCCAGAAGCAGAUCCAAACUUUGAAAUGGAAAUUGGUCUGCAUGGGCGGUCGUUUACCUUCCACCAAUAUCUGUCUCAGGGAAACACGUUCCUGGAAGUCAUGGAACCAGCCCAUGCAGAUACCAAUGGCCAGGAACUUAGAGCGCUUGCAGGCGGUAUCGAUGGACAGAUGGAGUCUCCUAUGUCAAAAGUCGGCGCCAACCAAACUCCAACGGAAGCCCCAGGUGACUCCCAAUUCCCCCGCAAAAAGAUGAAGACUCCCAUCGCUAUUCCACCAAGCAUGCCGCGGCCCCAAAAAUCCACCACCAACAACCGCGACAAACCCGCCCGUCCCCGCGCCAUCCCCAGCCGAUCUUCAAAACGAGGCAGCAAGGUAAAGUCCACCCGUAGAAGUUCACUAUCCCCCCACUUGCGCCAGAGCAACAACGACCGCCAAUUCAUUUGCGUUUUCACCCCGUACGGCUGUACAAGCACAUUCUCUACCAAAAACGAAUGGAAACGCCAUGUUUCCUCCCAGCAUCUCCGGCUUGGCUUUUACCGCUGCGACGUCGGCAGCUGUAUGGUCUCCCAUCCCCCCCUCCUGCCGCUGUCCUCGUCAUCAUCAUCAUCAUCCACUCGCGACAGACCAGACCCUCCUCCCCAGUACCCACCGCGCAGCCCCAACGAUUUCAACCGCAAAGACCUCUUUACGCAGCACCACCGCCGCAUGCAUUCUCCAUGGGCUGUGCCAGAGGCAAAAGCCCCCACCAAGGAGGAGCAGGAGGCAUUUGAUAAGAGUCUGGAGAAAGUGCGCAAGAGGUGCUGGAUUGAGAGGCGGAAACCACCGCAGCGGAGCCAGUGUAACUUUUGCGGUCUUGAGUUUUCGGGGAUAUACUGCUGGGACGAGCGGAUGGAGCAUGUUGGGAAGCAUUACGAGAAAGGCGAUAAGGAAAUCGGGCAGGAUGUGGCCUUGAGGGAGUGGGCAGUGAGUGAGGGUAUCAUUGUUGAAGGAGAUGGGAGCGGGAUAUGGAUCCUGGCAUCUGUCAAGGAAACUGUUGAACGGCUUAAGAGUCAGGAGAAAUUUGGUAUACGAAACUCGUUUUAA